AUGGAGGAAACGGGGUUUCAAUUUGACGUCUACAUGUAUCUUCUGCCUCUGAUCGUCAUUUUUGGAUUGUCUGGGAACGUCAUUUCUCUCGUUACCAUAUUUCAUUCAAGACUAAGGAGGGUGAAUGCUAAUAUCUAUUUGAUAGUUCUAACAUUAGCUGAUAGCAUAUUCUUGACUGGAAUCCUUCUGAUUUGUUUCAAAGUUGAUUGGAUUGCGUACGAAUAUUGUGUUGGUCUAGAAUACGUUCUCAUGACGGCUUCAUAUAUCUCGAGUUGGUCAACAGCAGCACUAACUAUUGAAAGAUAUUUGGCUAUUGCUCAUCCAUUGUCUCAUAUGAAGUAUGGUCACGUGGAUCGAGCAAAAGUGAUGCUUUACUGGGUUCCAAUUCCUUUUGUUCUACAACUGUUUCAAUUUUUCUCACUAGAGCCAGCAACCGAAGAAAGGAAAUGUGCAUUAAAAGAAGCAAACUAUCAAAUCAUCGCUCAAGCUGUAGAUACAGUACUUUGCUACGUGGUACCAUGUGGAAUAAUUGUUGUUCUGAACAUUCUUGUUGCACUACAAGUACAAAAAUCACAAGAACAUUUCAUGGCAGAAACUAAAAAGAGCAAUUCAAGAAGAACUGGAGGAUCAUCAUCAUCAUCUGGUACAUGGACCAGAAUUCUUUGGGUUAUGCCAUUAGUGUUCGUAGUAUUGAACACCCCAUUCUAUGUAAUUAUGAUGAUUGAAAUUGUUUUUCAAAUUAUCUACCAGUCACCCCCAUCAGGAGAUACAAGAUCAGAACUUUUUGUGACUGUUUAUAAUACUGCUCAUUACAUGUACUACAUGAACACGGCAAUUGAUGUAUUGGUCUACGCAUUUUCCAGUGCAAAUUUCCGCAAAACUGCUGUCAUUGCUUGGAAGCGAAUUCUUUGUCCAGGAUACGCAGAACGGCAAAAGGGAAAGGUAAUAACUUCUCACUAGAAUAAAAUAACAAAAUAUAUGUUUUUCUUUCAAUUUCAAAACUAUCAAUAAUUGAUUUUAUCCGAUAUUCACUUAUUUUCAUUUUAUCAUCCCACUUAUCUCAUCUCACAAUUCCCACUAUAUUCAUUUCAACUUUCUAUGCUAUCUUUUGACAGCGCUUUCUUCUCUCCAUGGUUCAUUCAGUCAGUGAUUCAAUUCGAAAACGGAUUCCAAUUGCUCAACCAGCACCACAUACAGUAAGACGGAAUGGCAACUUUGAGAUGUCUGUUCCCAAAAAUACUCUCCUGCAACAUUCACUGACACACACAAACACACACACGAAUUGUCUGCAAUAUCACCAAAUUUGCAUGUCACGAACAUUUAUUUUUCACUUAUUUCACUUGCAAUUUUGAAAACUUUCCUCUUCUUCUUUUUAAUUUGUUUCCUUUGUUGGGUUCAUACUACAUAAUUUUAGUCUAUCUGGCACUAUCAUCGCUCAAAUUUUAUGGAUUUCUUUAGUAUUGAUCAAAACUUUAAGGCUGCCAAGGUAGUUGAGCAAUGGUAGUGUAAGAUUAGUAGAAGAAUCUUUAAUUAAUCGGAAAAGAAUAUUGGAGUAGUUAGAAUUUAAUUCAAGACUACCAAUUUUCAAAGGCGUGGAACUGAAAAGUGGGGUAGUGGGAAGGAGGAUUUUCCUUUAAUAUACUAAGAAUAAUCUUUAUGACAUUUCUGCAUUUCUGAUCAUUUUGAGUAUUUUAAACCGAAAUCUCCUCUACUCCACUUUUUACAAGGUAUCUCAAGAAACGAGUUAGAAGUUUUAGGGCAAGUUUCUGUAUGUGCUUGUGCAGAAUAAUAAUUUAAAAUGUUUAACAUUUAAAAUUCAUUGCUUAAUCACUCACCUUUGUGAUAAAAUGUGCUCACUGAUUUUGAAUAAUUUUCUGCGUGUCCAUGAUUAAAACAAGUCCCGUCUCUUGUCUCGUAUUUUAAUUAAUGUUUCAUUGAGUGUGAAAUUGUUCUAAUUUUUUCAAUUUUCAGGUACUCGUAACGGAUCAAACUUCGAGAAUCUCCUAUCGUAUGACGUCUGAAAGAAGUACAAUCCGUUUCCCAAACACUCCUUCUAGAGCCAAUUCACCAAAGUUAACUGCUUCAAAUGCGGUUUCUGUUCCAUUACUUGGAACCGAAAUUCAAGGAUCAUCAAAAGAAUCAACUGCAAUUUAAAGCAAAUAAUUUGUAUUUUGUAAAAAGAAAUAUCUUGACUUGCCAUAAUCUUCUUUCUCAGGUGUCAUUUUCAAUGCCAACUCUUUAAUUUUGUUUGUAUCCUUUUAUUGAACCGACUAAAAUUGCGGGUAGAUUUUUCACCUGGUUAUUCUAGUCGCUAAAUUAAAAUAUUUCCCGCUUUUCUAAACGAGGUUGUUUUACAAAUAAUUUUUAUUGAUGAAUG